AUGCUGUUCCGGUCAACACCUCCAGCUGAGCCCAACCUUCCAGCCAUCCCCACCAAGGCACCGGAAAGAGUAAAAGUCCCUCGCAAUUUCCAACUGUCGGGGGAACUCAAAGAAGGCCAGAAAGGAGUUGGAGAUGGCACAGUUAGCUGGGGUCUAGAAGAUGAUGAAGACAUGACACUUACAAGAUGGAAAGGGAUGAUAAUUGGGCGUCCAAGGGUGGACCCAAGAGCCAUAUCAGUGCUAGCAAAAUGGCAGAAUUCAUACAGUAUCAAAUUUGUCCAGCACAAACGUCCACACCUAAUGAUGUCUAAAGAAAAUAUGAAGCUUCCUCAGCCGCCUGAAGGACAGUGCUACAGUGAUUAA